AUGGAUGGCGACGAGUCUUAUGUGCCUCGAAAGGUCAUCAAGACGCAAUGCGAUGACGGUUCGUCGGCUCGCAUUCGGGUCAUGCUCGUGUCCGGCGAGCGCUCCGAUAACGGAAUCAAUGAUACCAAGCAGAGCGUGCAUGACUCACCGCCUCCUCCUGCAAGUGCCGGCUAG